AGAGAGAAUGUCAAAGUGGUUCUGAAGAUUUUCAUAAGGUGGGAUUGUAAAAAUACAACAAUUUUACCAGAGGAUGUCUAUAUUCACGCACUGUUGCCAACAUCUCUGAAUAUAAAAGUGAUUUUUUUGUUGAAUAAAGUGUUGUAUUCAAUAUGUUCUGGAACGGGUGAGAAAAUAAUAAACAUUCAAGCUGUCAUUCAGUGAUUUCUCAUUCAAUUCUCACCUAUUCACAUUCUAUUUGAGUUUGAAGAUUUUAUUCUGUUUGCCCUCAAAGGGUUUGUUAAGCCAAUACAAAGAAAGUUUAUAUUUUGUUUAUUUAUUCAAGUUUAUUUGAAAUAGUUUUCUUAAGAUAACCAUCAAAAGAGCACGCUUUAAUAAUAACACAUACAUUUAUUCAAGCUGUCAAUCAGUGAUUUCUCAUUUAAUUCUCAAGUAUUCACAUUCUGAUUGAAUUUGAAGAAUCAUAAGAGAAGUUCCAGUUAAAUAUUCAGGUUAUCAUUUAUGCAUCUGUCCGAUGGUCUUCUUCGGUCUUUCACUGUCAUUUCGCCUCCUGUUAAUCCUCCGCUGGUGUGCCGCACAGGUGUCCCUCAUUAACACUCACACCAGCGGUCUAUAAAUAUGAAACAGUAAGCACUUUCUGCAGUGUUGAAGACAAUCUGUGUCAGAAUCAUGUUAUCGUUUGGCAUUCUCCUUACCUUAAUGGUUCUGAAUUCCAGUCUGGCCUUCAGCGAAGUAAAGAAAGUGAUUGUUUAUGGGGGAAAUGGAGCACUGGGUUCAGAGAGUGUGCGCUACUUCAGAGCCAAAAACUGGUGGGUUGCCUCUAUUGCUCAUAGCAUUAACGCAGAAGCCAGUGCAAAUGUUAAAGUUAAGAUGACUGAAUCCUUCACUGAGCAAGCCAAACAGGUAACAGUGGGUGUUGGUAAGCUGUUGGGUGAUGAGAAAGUUGAUGCCAUCUACUGCGUGGCUGGAGGUCAAGCAGAGGGCAAUGCCAAAGCCAACUCUCUGUACAAGUAUGCUGAUCUGAUGUGGAAGGAGAAUGUGUGGACCUCCACCAUUUGUACUCACCUAGCAACCAAAUACCUGAGAGAGGGCGGGCUGCUCACACUGUCUGGGGCCAAAGUAGCACUGGGGCCAACAACAGAAUCUGUUAGUUUUGGAAUGGCAAAGGCAUCUGUACAUCAGCUGACCCAGAGUCUCAGUGGGCCAAACAGUGGUCUUCCACCGCGAUCUGUUGCUCUAGCAAUCCUUCCAGUGACUUUGGAUACCCCCACAAAUAGGAGGAUCAUGCCUAAUGCUGAUGUCAGUUCCUGGACACCACUAAAUCAUGUAACUCAGCUGUUCUUUAAGUGGACUGUUGGAGAAAGCAGACCAGCUUCAGGCAGUCUUGUGGAGCUUGUUACCGCUAAUGGCAGAACAGUGGCUACCCCUAUUAAAAGCCCUUAGCAUAUUAAUCAGCUGUCAGUCUCCCAAUAAAGACUCUUUUUAAAC